UACUUUGUCUUGAUUGCUGACAGCAACUAGCCUCUGCAUAUAUUUGUUAGGGUCGGCAAAAAAAUCAUGAAGCUGCCGGGUUUGGUUGUGGCAAAGAUUGAGAAUAUAUUGUUUUAUUACCUGCUUAUUCAUCAAAGGAGGGCCCAGAUUUUGAAUGUUAAUAUUCGGUUCACACAAAGAAAUCCAGAAAGAACCGUAAAUUUUGGUGGAAGAAUAACAGAGGAAAAUACCUCUUUUCUUUGCUGUCAUCCAUUGUUCGGUGGACAGUGUCAAAGAAAAGGAGACUAAUGGGUGUCUGUCAACAGACCUCUUGGGUGAUGUUUCUACCCAUAACCUCAAAUUGGGUUUGGAUUGAAAUUGAAAUUGGACCAAUUUUUCAAAAGACUGAUGAUUGGGGCCAAUCUGGGCAACCCCACAAGUUGGGUUUGGGCUAAUUUCUUUUUUUAUGGGCUGAAAUUGUUACAAUCAACAAUGGAAGUGACAUUAAUGGAGGUUUCCCCGCUCUCUAAAUUGUAUCUGGUAGUGUAAAGAUGAAGCUAAACUCAUUAAACCAGAGCUCACACAUGUGACAAUGAAGAUGAUGAACUGAUAUUAUUAAUAUAGACAGGGUGCCCUGUUUUUUCUUUUCAUUCCCUUUCUCUGUAGAAUUCUUUCACUUCAUCAUGUGACAUGUUUAAUGGCCUGCCAUGAUAUAUUCACAAAGAUCAAAUAAGACCUCUACAAUAUUGAUCAAUUGCAACCAGUUUUAGUUUCAGUAACAACCUAAACUGAUGAAUUUUCUUGUAGCUCUGUGCCUAGGAGGAGCACUUGCAAAAUGGGGUUAUUGGGAAAGUUCUUCAGGUUCCUCCCAUUGGGGCAUUGCUGUAAACCAACAACCACUGGCGGCGACUCUGAGUCGCUUGGCCCUCACGGCAUCUCUGCUGCCAGACUCGGCAUUUGGGCUCUUGCCUACGACCUUUUCAACUUCGAGAUCACCUCUCAAGUCCCAGAAGAUCUCAGUCGGCAUGUUGUCUCAUCCAAGAAGGCUCAAGCUAACUGGUAUAGAAAACUAGUUGAAACAUGGAGAGAAGCAGAACAACCACCAAGAACAGAGGAAGAGGCGGCUAGGCUUGUUAUACAAACCCUCAAGGGACACAAAAAGGCUGAUGUUCAGGGCUUAUUGGAUUUCUAUGGUCUCCCUCGUCCCCAUUCUCUUGUCAAAGUUUCUGCUGGGGUCCCAACUUCAUUGCCUCAAGGAGUAAAGUUUGAGUUCCAGACACUACCAGUUGAUGCAAAAGCAGUUCCAGAUGGCGAUGGAGUGACAGUUUAUGUCAGCACAGCAGAUCCCAGAGAAUCCUCCUCUGUUCCGAGCGAUGUGCAGAUAGCAGCCAUCCAAAGAUCAGAAGCACGCGCUGAUAAGAAUUAUACUAAGGCAGAUGAACUUCACCAAAAAAUCAUUGAUGCUGGAUAUCGGGUACUAAAUGUUCAAAAUGAGGAGAUCCUUGCUCGAAAGUAUCGAAUUCGACUGAGGGGCAUAGACGCACCGGAGACUUUAAUGCCGUACGGACAAGAAGCCAAAGAGGAGCUGGUUAAGCUUCUUGAGGGCAAGUGCUUGAGGGUCCUUGUCUAUGGGGAAGACCGUUAUGGCCGCUGUGUAGCUGACGUAUACUGCAAUGGCGUAUUUGCACAGGAAAUAAUGCUCAAGAAGGGUGGUGCAUGGCAUUACACAGCCUACGACCAGCGCUCCGAGUUUGCAAGAUGGGAAGGAGAGGCUCGACGGAGGCAAAUUGGGUUAUGGGCUUCAUCAAACCCUGAGAAGCCAUGGGAUUGGAGAAAGGAUAGGCGUCAAAGGCAGAUGACAUAUUGGUGACAAAAUUAAGUUCAGAAUGAAACAUUCAUUAUGAGAUUAUUUAUGCCUUUAAGUGCAAGGCAGUAGGUUUAUUUGGGGUGAAAAAUGAGGUUUUGUGUUGCUAUCCUUUUGCACACCAAACCCAAAUAUCUCACCUACCCUCAUAAGCAAAUCCCACUAAUCAAGGGAUAAUCCGUACUUGCCAUGCCUUCAAGCCUGAAAAUAAAAGAAAGCUCCACUACUUGAAGGAAGCCUGCAAAAAAAAGCUCACACCUCUGAGAAGGAUCGGCUGCCACUCUCCCAUUUUCUCCCUCUCAUUGACUAAGGCUCUCAAGCCUCUCUCUCAAUGUAAAGUGUAUUAUGUAUAAAUCUCAAAUAUGAAAUGCAAAUACAAACAUAGUGGACGUAGCCCGAUUAUGGGUGAACCACUCUAAAAUCUGUGUUUUAUGUGUGUGAUUGUGGUUUUGCCUCUCUAAUGAUGUUGAUCCAAAAUCCCCCAUCAACAGUCUAUAUUUGAAUAGUACAGUGGUUUGUAUAAGUGCUGAGAUCAAUUGGUAUAUUUCAAUAAUAAUGUU